AUGUCCUCAGACAUCUCUCACAGCAUCCCCGUUCCGGCUUCUUCGCCGCGUAACUUCCACUUCAAGUAUACCGUACAAAAAGGCUUCUUUCUGCAGUCUGAAAACUCGACUGACGAUACUACAUUUGAUUUCAAGAAGCAGAACUUCGGUCUCAUAGAGCGUGUCUACCCCACAGAUAAGCAAGAAACGGAUGAGAAGAUAUGGCCACGAUUCGAGCGGUACAUCCGCUCCAUAGCUUCAUCUGCGAAAGAGGGGGAGAGUUUCAAAGUGCUGUUCUUGGGUAGACAUGGCCAAGGUUGGCACAACGUCGCCGAAGCAAAGUACGGAACCAAAGCUUGGGACUGCUACUACUCCUUCCUCGACGGCUACGACAACCUCACCUGGUCCGACGCCCUCCUGACCCCCGUCGGUCAACAGCAAGCCCGCGACGUCAACACGCUGUGGAAAGAGCAACUCCAAUACGGCAUGCCAGCCCCAGAGACGUACUACGUCUCCCCACUCACCCGGACCAUCGAAACCGCGGAUCUGAGUUUUCAAGACCUGGAACUACCACAGGGGAAGAAGUAUAAACCUUACAUCAAGGAACUCCUGCGAGAAGCGCUGGGCGUGCAUACCUGCGACCGGCGAAGCACCAAGACCCAAAUCUCUCAAUCCUUUCCUCACGUAGCCUUCGAACCCAACUUCUCAGACCUCGAUCCGCUGUGGGAAGCAAACUACCGCGAGCCCCGGUCCGCACGCCGGUACCGCCUCGCUACCUUCCUCGACGACGUGUUUGCGAAUGAUGACGGUGUGUUUUUGAGUUUCACCAGCCAUUCGGGCGCUAUUGCGAGUAUACUGGAGGCCAUUGAUCACCGAGCGUUCAAGCUGGAAACGGGGGGUGUGAUUCUGGUGGUGCUUAAGGCGGAGAGGGUGGAGCGAAAGAGAGAGGUUCCGCCCAAGGAGCCGAGUGAGGCGCCGCCUAUGUGUGAUGGGCCGCCGGGGAUGGAGGGGAACCAUGUCAGUGUUGGGUAG